CUUGUGGAAUGACCUCUCCUGCUACUACGCUGUUUGGUAUGAGUUCCCCUGCCCUAGCUAAUCCCAGAAAACACCAAGAACCCGGAGUCCGCCCUGCCUCGGUGACAGCUGCUCUACCGAGCACCCUGGAGCUGCUAAAGGACGUGCACCUGGGCCUGGCUGUACCCUGCCAGGAUCCCGCCCGACUGGCUCUCCUCUCAGGCCACUACCUUUACUAUCACUACGGUUGCGAUGGACUGGAUGACCGCGGCUGGGGAUGCGGCUACCGCACCCUGCAGACUCUGUGCUCCUGGCCAGAGGGCCAGUCCUCCGGCGUGCCUGGACUGGCAGCCUUGCAGGGAGCCCUAGAGGACAUGGGCGACAAGCCCCCCGGUUUCCGGGGCUCCCGGAACUGGAUCGGCUGUGUAGAGGCCAGUCUCUGUCUAGAGCACUUUGGAGGACCUCAGGGACGCCUGUACCACUUGCCCCGCGGAGCAGAGCUUAGGGGAGAACUGGAGCGGCUUUAUUCACACUUCACAGCGGGUGGGGGCCCAGUAAUGGUGGGAGGAGAUGCAGAUGCUCAGUCCAAGGCCCUGCUGGGAAUCUGUGAGGGGCCAGAUAUGGAAGUCUAUGUCUUGAUACUGGACCCACACUACUGGGGCACUCCAAAAAACCGUUGUGAAUUGCAAGCUGCUGGAUGGGUGGGCUGGCAAAAGGUAAACCAUGUCUUUGAUUCCAAUUCGUUCUACAACCUGUGCUUGACCAGACCUAUCUGAACCAACACGCCCUGUCUGCACUGUCGGAUAGAGCCCAGAACUGAGACUGAUCAGACAUCUAUUUACUUCUCACAGGCCCUCCCCCCAACAGCAGACAAGUCUCUUUCAGCAUCAAAAGUUUGGGUCAGGCACGAUGGCCGGGCAGGUGAAUCUGAGUUCAGAGUCAACCUGGUAUACCCCACAAGUUCUAGGUCAGCCGGGGUGAAGACACUGUUCUGAAAAUGGUAAUAAAUUGGCAUAAUUCAGCUUCCUAUGGCGCA